AUGAAAAUAUUAAAGAAUUUUGAAAGAUUUAUAAUAUUAGUUGUGUUAUUUAAUAAAAAUAAUAAAUUUAUAAAUUGUAAUAAUGAUGAAGAUAAUAAAGACACUAACAUAUAUAUCUCUAAAUGUGAUAAAUUUCCAAAUUUUUUGGAAAAAAACUCGAACAUUAUUGAAGGAUCUGAAAACUUGACAUAUGAAGAUGUACAAAAGAAAAUUUUUGACAUAGAUUUAAACACUCUCCAUGUUUCUCUUAUUAAAAAUUUGCAAAUUAGCAAACUUAAAAGUAUUAUUGAUGUCAAAACUGCGAUUUUCAACUGCCUCAUCAAAACGAUUACACAGAUGGCGAAGGCCUUGCCCGGAAUCUUGGAAGAGAUAUUUGCACAUAACGAAUUUUGUGGGUCUAUUGAAAAAACAUUUUCUUUUUUAUUUGAAAUAGAUGAGACAUAUGAAUUUAUGAUUAAAAAAUGUUUUGAUUUAACAAAAACAGCAAUUCUAUAUAAUUAUUUUUAUUCAUAUAUCCAAGAUAUUGAUGAUGUAAUAAAUGUAUAUAGAAAUGAUCCAUCUAAAAUAUUUUCAAAAUUUGAUUAUAUCAUAAUAUGUUUAAAUGAAUUAUAUAGAAAAAUAACUGAAAAUUUUCAUCCAUAUGUUAAAGAUACAACAGUAUUUAGCAAUUUUAUAAGUGAAUUUAAAAAUAAAAAAAAUGAAAAAAUAAAAGAUAAUAUAAAUUAUAUUGAAGAAUUUAUAAAAUACUUUCGAGAAAAUAUUCAUAACAUAAAUGUAAUUGUUUUUUUUGAAGAAAUUUAUGGUUUUUAUUCAGUUAAUAAUUUGUAUGUAUCAUGUUUUUAUGUCUUUUAA